AUGGCGACGACGCCUCCCAAGACUGCCGAAGAGAAGGACCUCAGCGCAGGGGACAUGGAGGGCCACGCACGGCACGCUUCCGCCGCUCUCCAAGCCCUCGAUCUCGUCAAGCAGCACGACCAACACCACCCCGUGCACUGGCCGGCCACCAAGAAGUGGGCCAUUACCGCCGUCUACUGCCUGCUCCAGAUCUUUGUCACCCUCACCUCGACCACUUAUGUCAGCGCCGAAACCGCAAUCCAAGAGAAGUUUGGGGGCAGCACUCAGGUCGUCACCCUUGGCCAGUCCAUGUUCAUUGUCGGCAAUGCUGUUGGUCCCGCCUUCUUGGGGCCUUUGUCUGACAUCGGCGGCCGCAAAUGGGUCUACGUCAUCUCCAUCCUGGUCUACGCCAUCUUGAACAUUGGCACCGCUUUAGCAAGGAAUCUCCCCAUGCUCAUCAUCUUCCAAUUCUUGUGCGGUGCCGCCGGGAGCACGGCGCUCUCCAACGUCGCCGGCACCAUUGCUGAUCUGUUCGCCGAUGCGGACAAUGCCGCACAGCCGAUGGGCCUCUUCGUGGCUUCGGCCAACAUUGGCCCCAGUCUAGGGUCUCCAGUCGGCGAGUGGAUCGCUUUCAUGAACCCCAACAUGGGCUGGAGGUGGAUCUUCUGGAUCAACGUCAUCAUUGGAGGAGCUUUCUCCGCCAUCAUGUGCUUCGUUCCAGAAACGCUCCCCCGCGUGGUGAUUGCCAAUGCGGUGAAAAGGGCCGAGAGCGCCGACCCAGAUGAAAUUGCUGUUGCCCAGACGAAAGUCAACGUCUUCCAGGAGAUUCGAUUUGUUUUUACCAUGGCGAUCAGAAUCAUGGUUUUGGAGCCGAUUGUCACGUUUUUGGCCGUCUACAACGGUUUCGCCUAUGGUCUCCUUUUCCUCUACUUGGACGGUGUUUUUGACGUUUUCGUCAUCAACAAUAACCUCAGCUACAUCGGGGCGGACCUGACUUAUCUCAACUUUGUCGUUGGUGUCACGCUUAUGUUCAUGUUCCUACCAGUUCAAACUUGGCUCUACAAGCGCGACAGGGAAAAGCGUGGUGGCGGCCGCCCCGAGGCUCGCUUUUUGGUUUCCUUGGUCACGGUCUGGGGUUUCCCCAUCUCCCUGUUCUGGUUUGCUUUCACCAGCGAUGGAAACACGAGCUUUUGGUCCCCCGUUAUUGCUGGUGCAGUCUUGGGCUUCGCUGACCCCCUCCUUUAUUUGGGCAUGUUGAACUACAUCACUGACUCGUAUCCGAACGUGGCCGCGUCGGCCAUUGCCGCGUUUUUGAUUCCCUCCUUCACCCUCGCCGCCGCUUUUGCUCACAUCGGACUUAUCAUGUUCGAGAACCUCGGCACCACCUGGGCUAUGGCAUGUCUGGCUUUCAUUAGCUUAGGCAUUGUAGCCCUCGUCUAUCUGUUGUACUUCUUCGGCCCAUGGUUGAGACGGAAAUCAAAGUUGGCCAAGUCGUUUUAA